ACAAACACCUAGAUGAUCUGGAAACUGCGUUGACUGACGCGUCAACGACCGAAGCUUUUCCGUUGUAUCCUCUUGUCCUUCCUCUCACUUUCUUUCAAAUUUGCAAUCGCUUUUAUUAUUUUAUUUUUAUUAUAAUAACUCACGUAUCUCAGCUACAACUAUUUUCUUCAUCUUACAAAAUCCGGCCAAUCUUUAUCAAGGUCAAAGCACUUUGCCACCUUGGAGUUCUGAUCAAUGGUUGCAGUAUCAUCCCACUAUACUUGUCAUGUGUAUUUGAGUUAUCGGGGCACAGACACCUGUUUGGAAUUUAUUGAUCUAUUACAUAGAGAAUUAACACGUUCAGGAUUUCAAACAUUUAAGAAGCACAAUCAACUAGAGAAGGGAAAGAUCUGUGGACAAGAAUGGAGAAAGGCAGUAAAAGACUCAAGAGUUUCUAUAAUCGUUUUCUCAAUAGACUAUGCAUAUUCAAGAAGGUGCCUCGAUGAACUUGUGAACAUUCUUGAGCGGAAAAAAAAUGCGGGUCAUAUGAUUCUUCCUGUGUUCUACAAUGUGGAUCCAUCCCAUGUGAGGAAACAAACAGGAUGCUAUGCAGAUGCAUUUCUUAAAUAUGAAGAGCGGUGUGUGACAGAGAUGGGUCAAAAAAUGGAGUGCAUUGCAAGGGUAAAGAAGUGGAGAGCAUCUCUCAAAGAGGCUGCAGACUUAGCAGGGAUGGUCCUAGAGGAUAGGGAUGAAUUGAAAUUUAUUCAAGACAUUGUUGAGGAAAUCUGGCAUAAGUUAAGCCGUUCUAUUCUAAAUGUUGCCCCUCAUCCAGUUGGAAUGUAUCCUCGUGUAAAGGAAAUUAGUCUUUGGUUAGAAGACAGAUCUUCGAAUUCUCACACUAUGAUGAUAUGUGGAGAGGCGGGAAUUGGUAAAACCACAAUGGCCCGAGCUCUAUUCAAACUACACUGUGAAAGAUUCGAAUAUAGCAACUUUCUGGAAAAUAUCAGUGAGAUUACGAACAAUAGAAAUGGCUUGGUUCAUUUACAGAGACAUCUUUUGAAUAUUCUUGAAGAAGAUACAGUAGAAUUACGUAAUGUUGAUGAAGGAGUUUCAAUAAUCCAAGAAGCUUUACGUUACAAAAGAUUUCUUAUUGUUCUUGAUGAUGUGGAUCAAAUAGACGAACUAAAUGCAGUACUUGGUGGAAGUGAUUGGUUUGCUUCGGGAAGCAAAGUUAUUGUGACAAGUAGAAAUGAAAACUUGCUAAAUCGUGAUGGGACAAAUUCAAUGUAUAAAGUGAAGGGAUUGGACACCCAUGAGUCGCUUAAGCUAUUCUGCUGGCACGCUUUUCGUCAAGAAUAUCCUGUCAAAGGUUACACAGAACAGUCAAAACGACUAGUUCAAUACUGCCGAGGACUCCCCUUAGCGCUCCAAGUUCUAGGAACUUCUCUAUCUGGUGGAAGUGUAGAUUUCUGGGAGAGUAAAUUAGAGGAAUUGGAAAGGCUAUCUAACUGCCACAUCCAUAGAAUCCUUGAAAUGAGUUAUGAAACUCUUCCAGAUGAUCAUGAAAGGAAUUUAUUCCUUGAUAUUGCUUGCUUCUUUGCUGGGAAGGACAAAGAUUAUACGGUCCAAAUUCUCGAUGGAUGUGAUUACUACACUACUGCUGGAAUCCAGAAUCUCAUCGAGAGAUGUCUUGUGGCGAUUACUCCUGAGAACAAGCUAAUCAUGCAUCAGUUGCUACGAGAAACGGGAAAAGACAUUGUCUGCAGAGAAUCCAUCGCCAAUGCUGGGAACCGCAGCAGAAUUUGGGAACACAACGAUUCCCUAAAUGUACUGAGAGAAGAAACUGGAACAGAAUUUGUUGAAGGUCUUGUUCUUAAGUUGGAUGAAUUAAAGGACUAUAACGCAGACAAACUUGGAAUUAGUUCUAAAAGACCUCAUUGCAAUGAUGUAAGUGAUCCAUCAUCAACUUUGGCUUUUGGGGGUAAUUUACCAAAGAGACACUGUCUUGGAUUUUGCUCCUGGAUUCCUGUAAAAUCUGCAUUGGCGACAGCAACAAUAAGAGGAAAUGAAGGAGACCUGACGACCAGAGCCCUUUCGAGGAUGCAUGAUUUAAGAUUGCUUGAGCUCUAUAAUGUGCGGCUUUCUGGAGUCUAUGAUGGAUUCCCGAAGAAGUUAAGGUGGUUGUGCUGGCAUGGAUUUCAGUUAAAUUCCAUGCCUAAUAGUAUACCUCUUGAUAACCUUGUUGUCCUUGAAAUGCAGAAUAGCAGCAUGCAACAAAUAUGGGAAGGAACUAAGUGUCUCAGAUCAUUGAAGGUUCUUGAUGUCAGUCAUUCACAUUUUCUUCUGAAGACCCCUGACUUUUCUGGACUUCCAAGUCUUGAAAAAUUGAUUCUUGAAGAUUGUACAAGUUUGGUUAAAGUCCAUGACUCCAUUGGAGGCCUACACAAACUUUCUGUUUUAAAUCUAAACGGAUGUAGAAGCCUCAGAAAGCUUCCAAAAAGACUUGGAGAAUUAAAAUCUCUCGAGGUUCUUAAACUCUCCAGAUGUUCAGAGCUGGGGUUCGCGAAGUGGACAGAUUCCUUUCGAGUAACAUACUUCUGGAAGUCAGGCAGUGCCAUAUUGGAACUCUUGCAACACAACUUAAGAGUAUUGGAUCUUUCAGACUGCAAUCUGACCGAGAAAACUAUUCCUAAUGAUCUCAGUGUUCUUUCCUCCCUACAAUAUCUAAAUCUGAGUAAAAAUCCAAUGUCUAAACUUCCGGAGAGCAUCCGAAGUCUAACUAUGUUGCUGUGCCUUAUGUUAUCCAGCUGCACAAGGCUUCAAUUGAUACCCAAGCUUCCAUCGCGGUUAAGGAUUUUGGAUGCAAACAGCUGCAGAUCACUUGAAAGAAUAGCAAAUCUUCCGAACUUCUUAAAGUCACUCGACCUGAAAUUGGAGGACUGCAGGAACCUUGUCGAGGUUGAAGGAAUCUUUAUGCUAAAACAUAUUCAAGAAAUGGAUGAAAUGUUCAACAUAUGGAGCCUAUGCGAUAUAAAACCUGAAGCCGAAGGAUCAGCAGUUGGGGUGGAACUGCACAACAGUCUUACAUCUACAACAACUAAAGCCCCUCCCGUUCAGGGACUUUACGAGUUUGGGAUAUUCAGCAUGUUUCUCCCUGGAAGCAAAGUCCCAAGAAAGUUCAACAACAAAAGCAUAGGCCCACCAAUAUCUUUCUCCAUACCAUCAAGCUGUAGUGUGGAGAUGCACGGAUUAAAUAUAUGCGUUGUUUACGAACAAUGCUCGGAAGAAUUGUGUGGUGAAAGUGUUUAUAUUACAGUGAGCAAUAAAAGCAAGGGGAUUAAAUGGAUUUACAGUCCAGUUUUUUCUGCAGUCACGGGACCAAGAAACACAGUGGUAUGGUUAAGCCACUGGAAGUUUGGGAAUCAGAUGGAAAGAGGGGAUGAAGUUAUUGUUUCACUUAGUGUGAAGUGUGUGGUAAGGGAAUUUGGAGUUGAAGUGUCAUACACUGAGAGUGAAGAGAAAUGGAUACAAAAAUAUUACUCCUCUCAUCUUCACCAUGCAGUUGAUGGGGAUUUGUCUGUGUUUGAGAUGAACCCAGAUGUGUAUCUCCUCUCCCUGAAAUCCUGAAUUCUCAACUAUUUUAAACCAGGUUGCACAAGUUUCUGAACUGAGAAUGGAGAAAAAUGUCUAGCUUGUAUAAGUUGAAUGCAACUCUACAUACAUCUAUCACACACUGUCACUUUUGGAACUAGUUGUAAAAACAAUUCUCUUGUCACUGCAUUCCUUACUAAAUAAGGUUUUAUCUCAUGGGGCCGGAUCGAAAUUCAAUGUAAUGAUCAAUGGCGGAGCUACGGAAGAGCUUCCAAAUUUUUUAUUAUUUUUUUUAAUAAUAGGAAAAAUGACAUAUUUAGUCCCUGAGUUAUACUCGUUUGGUUCUUGAGGAUGUUUGGAUGUAAUGAAUGCAACUGGCUUUUGUAUUGAAAGUUAGUUUAACA